GCGGUGAGGCCUGGGGAGCCCUGCGCGCCGGGACGCGCGGGCCGGCAUGGCGAUGCACGCCCUCACCGGCUUCUCGCUGGUCAGCCUGCUCAGCUUCGGCUACUUGUCCUGGGACUGGGCCAAGCCGAGUCUGGUGGCCGACGGCCCCGGCGAGGCCAGCGAGCAGCCCUCCGUCGCUCCACCCCAACCUCCCCACAUUAUCUUCAUCCUUACCGACGACCAGGGCUACCACGACGUGGGCUACCAUGGCUCAGAUAUCGAGACCCCUACGCUGGACCGGCUGGCCGCCGAGGGUGUCAAGUUGGAGAAUUAUUAUAUCCAGCCCAUCUGCACGCCUUCGCGGAGCCAACUUCUUACUGGCAGGUACCAGAUCCACACAGGACUUCAGCACUCCAUCAUCCGCCCCCGGCAGCCUAACUGCCUGCCCCUGGACCAGGUGACACUACCUCAGAAGCUGCAGGAGGCAGGUUACUCUACCCACAUGGUGGGGAAAUGGCACCUGGGCUUCUACCGGAAGGAGUGCCUGCCCACCCGCCGGGGCUUUGACACCUUCCUGGGCUCGCUCACAGGCAACGUGGACUACUACACCUACGACAACUGCGACGGCCCUGGGGUCUGCGGCUUUGACCUGCAUGAAGGUGAGAGUGUGGCCUGGGGGCUCAGCGGCCAGUACUCCACCAUGCUCUAUGCCCAGCGUGUCAGCCACAUCCUAGCCAGCCACAGCCCGCGGCAGCCCCUCUUCCUCUAUGUGGCCUUCCAGGCCGUACACACCCCCCUGCAGUCCCCUCGUGAGUACCUGUACCGCUACCGCACCAUGGGCAACGUGGCCCGGCGGAAGUACGCGGCCAUGGUGACCUGCAUGGACGAAGCCGUGCGCAAUAUCACUUGGGCCCUUAAGCGCUAUGGUUUCUACAACAACAGCGUCAUCGUCUUCUCCAGUGACAACGGUGGCCAGACCUUCUCCGGGGGCAGCAACUGGCCACUGCGAGGACGCAAGGGCACUUACUGGGAAGGUGGUGUGCGGGGCCUGGGCUUCGUCCAUAGCCCUCUGCUCAAGCGAAAGCGACGGACCAGCCGGGCGCUGGUGCACAUCACAGACUGGUACCCGACCCUGGUGGGUCUGGCGGGGGGCACUGCCUCCACGGCCGAUGGGCUGGACGGCUAUGAUGUGUGGCCAGCCAUCAGCGAGGGCCGGGCCUCGCCACGCACGGAGAUUCUGCACAACAUUGACCCGCUCUACAACCACGCCCGGCACGGCUCCCUCGAGGGGGGCUUCGGCAUCUGGAACACGGCCGUGCAGGCUGCCAUCCGCGUGGGCGAGUGGAAGCUGCUGACGGGGGACCCCGGCUAUGGGGACUGGAUCCCACCACAGACGCUGGCGGCCUUCCCCGGCAGCUGGUGGAACCUGGAGCGCAUGGCCAGCGCCCGCCAGGCUGUGUGGCUCUUCAACAUCAGUGCCGACCCGUACGAGCGGGAGGACCUGGCUGGCCAGCGGCCAGAUGUGGUCCGCGCCCUGCUGGCCCGCCUGGUGGACUAUAACCGCACGGCCAUCCCCGUGCGCUACCCGGCUGAGAACCCCCGGGCCCAUCCUGACUUCAAUGGGGGUGCCUGGGGGCCCUGGGCCAGCGAUGAGGAAGAGGAGGAGGAGGAGGAGGAGGCCAGGUCUCGAAGCUUCUCCCGGGGACGCCGCAAGAAAAAAUGCAAGAUUUGCAAGCUGCGAUCCUUUUUCCGUAAACUCAACACAAGACUGAUGUCGCACCGGAUCUGAUGGGGGUGGGGGGAGGUGAGGAUCUCUGCCCCUCUUAAAUGUAUUCCGCAACUCAAGCCUGGUCCUGCUCUUCCCCACGAAGGAGCCUGAGGUCACCUCACCAUCUACAGGGAAAUGGAGGGCGUACAGCCACUCAGGGCUGGGGGUAGAAUAAACUAGACUGGGAUGCCUGGAUCCCAGUCUUGCUUCUCCGUUGACUUACUCUGUGACCUCAGGAGACCUGUAUAAGCUCUCUGGGCCUCACUUUCCUCAUCUGUGAAAUGAGCUCUAAUGACGUUGUGGCUCUGUGGUGUGGACCUGGUGCCUGGUUCCAUGGUGGAGUUCCUGGGACCUCACCACCUUCCAGCUCAUUGAAGGUCUCAUGCUUGAACCCUGACCUCUGUGGUACUGCUUGGGUGAGGGGCCACAUGGAAGCAAGUCCAGGCCUGGACCCCCCCAGCCAAGGCAUGGCAAUCUGGCCACUUUCUGAAGAGAUCCCCCAAGUGCUGUGGGUGGAGGUGCAGGGAUCCAGGGAGGUGACCUGGCCUGGGGUUGGACUGUUGUGGGUGGGGGGCCUGUGGUAGAGAGAUCUCCUUCCUGCCCCCAGCACCCAGAGGAACUGGCCUGGUUGUUAGCUGCUGCAGGUCCAAGGGUUGUGGAAAGAGCUAUGAAAAGAGCCCCUGAACCAAUAAUCAGGACAUCUGGGUUCUGUUUUGGCCUUGGGCCCAGUCCUUCCCCUCUGGGCCUCAAUUUCCCCACCUGCAAAUGGGGAUGCUGGCCCUGGCUCUGCCUACCUCACAGGGUUGUAGAGGACUGGCCAGGCUAGUGAUUGUGGAGGAGCCCAUGAACUUGAUUAAAAUGCAGUAACACAGAA